GCGAAGCUCAGAUCUAGCUGGUAACACCCUACAAACCUUGAGUUGUCAUUUUGGAACAGUAAUUCUACAAUUCUACAAAGUUCUUAAUAUAUUUUCUACAAGCUGGAUCGGACUGAUGCAUUGCAAAAUGGCAGAGAGUGGAAAAGCAGAAACAGAUGGAGAUAAUAAGGUCAAUGACCCAUCAGCUUGGGAAAAAGAUGAACUCCAAACAAUAUGUCUGAAAAAUGGUGGAAGUCAAAUAGAUAGUCCAGUCAAGGAAGAGAUGCUUGGUUAUAUGAAGUCGUUUAGAGCGAGGUUCAAAAUGGUCAGAAAAAUGAGCUCUCUGACCUUCAAAAACAAAAGGUCAAUGAGGAACAGCAAUGAACAAAAGCAACUCUCGAACUCUCCCUUAAAACCACCGCCGUCUCCAAUAAUGGAGAUUAACAAACUGAUAGAGAUGGAAGUGCUAGAGGAGGCCUAUGUGAACCUACUGUCCCUGCGUUUGGAGCUUCAGCAGGAGCAUCAAGCUCUGGAGAAAGAAGACUGUGCUGUUGAACUAGGCCAUAAAGAGAAAGACCUCAGUCUGCUGUAUGGGACACUAAGGAAUAAAAUGUACAACAUUGUACGCAACUCCAGUGCUCUGCCCUCUUGCAGCAAAGAGUUGCUAGUGUAUGUGGCCAAAAUUAUUUUGGAGGAAGAGAAGAGACAAGAAGAGCCAGGGGGCCUGCCAGGGUGGAGGGAGGCAUGGAGGAAUGCUGUACGAGAAGGGGUUAGAGAUACACUGAAGAAGGUUCACCUGGACAGCCAGGAGAAGAACACUUCCUGGUUGGCGGUGCAUCUGGGGCUUCUGGGUAAAGCUAUUGUGGAGGAUCUGGAGACAGUUAAGGUAGAACUUCUGAGCUCAUAUCCAGCAGACUUUGAUGUGUUUGAAACCUAUGUGUCCUGCCAUCAUGAGGCUGUGGGAGAGCAUUUAAAGAGACUUCUGGAACAUGUGACAGAGCUGAAAGAUUACUACACUCUUCUAGAAUUUAUUAUCCAUCGCUACCCCAGUUUUAAGAUAAUGGGAAGCUGUUCCCUGCAACCAGAGAUGAAGGAAGAUCAGAGAGUGCUGCCACUGGACAAAGAUUUCCUUACUCAGAUUAAGAGCAAAUACUGCAGUCGAUUACAGACUGACAUGAGACAAUCACUUGACCGAAUUAUUGAGUUGGAGAAUGAGGAAAUGUGGAAAGAUAGAAGAAAACCAGAGACUGAUGAGGGGCUUUACAGCUCACACAUUGACAUGGACAUCUGGACGAUUAUUAAAGGGUAUGUACAAGGAUCCAGACAGAUCGAUGUGGACCUUGAGCAGAAGGUUGUGCGUUCCUGUUUGGAGGAACUGAAGCCAUUUCCAAAACGAUUUGAGUCAGCAUUUAUUGAGCUGAGCAAUGUACUCUCUAACUCCUCUCUCUGGGCAGAGUAUCACAUCAGCUAUAUGAACAGUUUUAGUGCCCUAAAAGAGCACAUGGAGUGCUAUAAGGACAGCUGUCCAAUUCAGCUUGAGCAGGUUCGAAGGGAAAUUGAUGGACUGACCACCAGACUGAGUCAAACUCUGAUGGAGCACUUUAAAACGGAUGUCAAGCUGCGCAUGAGAGAGACACGGGAAGCUGCAUGGUACAGAACUUGCGCUCCCUGUUCAUUUCACAGGAUCAAGACAAACCUGUUCAGCAUACAGCCCUUCCUCAGGAGACAAAUGACAAGGAAAUGGUUUUCAUUUGAUGAAGACUUCGCACAGCUGGUCAGCAGGACCUUGACUCUGUCUGAACAGAGCAAAUACAUGAGCCCAACAUUUAAACAGACCUUUGUGAAUGAAGCCCAUUUUUUUGUGGUGAAAGAAUAUGUGUCUCAGCUGAUGAAGAAUAACUACUCGUGCAAAAACAGGAAGAAUGAGACAGCUGCCUCUAAAAUCACGAUGCAAUGGGGGGAACUGAAAGAGCUUUUUCAAGAUAUGAAAUCUACCUUAGAUUGGCUCUAUCCAGUUGGGAGCCUGCUGAGCAAGAUCAUUGAAUGUAGAAAAAGUGAAGUAAAAAUGAACCUACAGCCAUUGGUUGAGAACUAUCCAGAUAUCAGAAAGAGCCAUCUCUCAGCUGUGCUGUACUUCCGAGGAAUUAUCAGAGGCAGGGAAAAACAUAUUAUACUGCAGCAGCUGACAGAGUUGAAAAAGAACAUUGGGGAUGCAGGCAAUAAAGAGCAUGCCUUCUUCAGUGAGAUUCAAGAAGCAGUUAACACAGACUGCUUUGCUGGUACACCUUUCUCAUGUCUUUCCCUCAUUGUGCCAGACAGCUAAUCCAAAGAAUGGCACUUUAUUUGGUUUUACAGUACUUGGACAUGAUUCUUGCACUGUGGAUGAUAGCAGUAGUUUGCCUAAUGACAUGAAUAAUAAGCAAUACGAUGUCUCCAUGACUCCUUUAUAAUCUUGCACAAAGAGUAAUAUAUGAUCUUUAAUGAUUAUUUGUACGUAUAUUAAACUUUACGUUUUAAGGGAAGCCGUGCUUCCUGUGUAGUCUUAAAGCAAUCAACACUGAUGUUAACCAAUGGCCAGACAGUUGUUUAGGCAUUGUUUUAAGGUACUGUAGUAGGUAAUGCAGCCUUUCUAAACACUUGAUAAUUAGCAUAGCAAUUCAGUGCUGGUUAAAGUUCUGUUUAACUUGGAAAUAUGUCACAAUAUGAAUGUAUAAUGUGUUGUGAAUGUUGUUUCACAAUUCAGACUGGUUUAUGUUUUUUGGAACUAAAGGCAUAUUUACAUAGCUGAGUUAAGCUUGCUCUGAGCCUGCUCAAAAUUCUGUGUAAAGAUGCAGUGGUGCAUAAAAGCCAGACUUAAUUCUGCCCACUCUGACCCACCUCAGCCCCUAGUAUCAAAGGCAGUUCUGAUGCUGCUUUGGUUCUGUGGAAAAACUUUUUUGUUGUCAUUGUCUUUUCAUAUUUAAAAGUAUAACUUCAUAUUUUCAUUCAUUUCAUAUUUCUAUAUUCAUAAUUUUACAUUUAAAACAUUAAUCUCAUAACAUUAUUUUGCAUUGCAUCUGCAUUGUAAUUGCUGUGUAAAUGCCUGCUCUGAGCAGCAUUAAGUAGUCUGUAAAUACACAUAAAUGCCACUUUAGAUGCAGCUUCUGUGCCACCUUUGUGAUGUAAAGAGGCUUUAGAUUACCAGUUCAAAAGUUCAAGUUCCAAUAACUCCAUUGAACUUUGAUUCUUAUCCUGAUUCAGAUUUUACCUUGUCUACAUGUGUUACAAUGUGAUUUAUAUAUUUUCACUAAAAAGGGAUAUAAGCCAUAGUUUGAUGUAACAUUGAUUUGGGAUGUGUAUAACAAAUGGCAUAUUAGAGAAAUAAGUAACCUUCAUAAAUGUUUAAAUGAACACAUAAGUGUUUUCACUUUUAAAUUUCUGUUUAGCAUUUUCUCAUGUCUUGUAGGAAUUCAUAUUUGUGCUUGCUUUUGUGAAAAAGACAGUUGUACAUAUCACCAUUUCACCAUAAAUGGUCACCAUUCUUUGAUAUCACUUUCAUAUUUCCUUGAAUUUUAUUUUAAUUUUCAAUCAAUUCUGUACAUUGUUAUAUAAAAUUGAAAGACAUCGAUAUUCUUUAAGUGGGGGCCCUUUUUUCCUGCAUUUUUGGCUAUUACGUAGGUCCUGGGCACAUUUACACCAGUGGCAGUGCCAUCUACAUCUACUGUAUAUGUCAUGUGAUAUAUUCUACCCACUGACUGGAGUUUAGCAGGUUCAACAGAGAGCAGUUAUUCUGUGAAAACCCUUUUGCAAAUUUUUUAGAGACAGACACAUAGAUUGAAAAUAUGUACGCAUAUGUAGCAAUGAUCAAGCUCAAUCUGUUAUAAUGCUGCCAAUCUUUUGUGAAAGUGUUUUAGUUCCUGGAACCAGUUCCUGUUUUUGAAGUGAGAAUGAA